GCUGACACGGCCGGCAGAGAAUAUAUGCAAGUUUUAAUCCCAGGAUGGCUCAGAAGAGGAGCUCGAGUGGGCGGUCAUUCCCUCUACUGCUGCUGAUGAUUGUUGUGGCCUUUGUUCAUUUAACUGUCUGUCCAUUUACAAAAGUGGAGGAAAGCUUUAACCUACAGGCCAUCCAUGAUGUCGUGUACCACCAGAUGGACUUGGAUAAGUAUGACCAUCAUGAAUUUCCUGGAGUUGUCCCAAGAACGUUUCUUGGACCAAUUUUUAUCGCUGCUCUUUCCAGCCCUGCUAUAUACGUACUUUCUGUGUUAAAAAUGUCCAAGUUUUACUCACAGCUGAUAGUCCGAGGAAGCUUGGGGCUCAGUGUGAUUUACACGUUAUGGAAGUUGCAAAAAGAAGUUAGAAAGCAGUUUGGAGCAACUACAUCAACAGUCUUCUGUCUCAUAACUGUUACUCAGUUUCAUUUGAUGUUUUACUGUACACGAACCCUUCCUAAUGUGUUUGCACUUCCUUUUGUGCUGUUGGCAUUGACAUAUUGGAUACAGCAAAAGCAGAGGCCAUUUGUUUGGUUUUCAGCUUUGGCAAUUAUAAUCUUCAGAUCAGAGCUUGCCAUAUUCUUAGGCCUCAUGCUUCUGGUGACGUUAUUAACUAAAAGAGUCUCAAUUUUAAAGGUGCUUUCCCAUGCUGUUCCUGCUGGAAUUUUUUGUUUGGGGCUAACGGUGGCUGUGGAUUCUCUAUUCUGGAGACAACUUGUGUGGCCUGAAGGGAAAGUGCUCUGGUAUAAUACAGUUUUAAACAAAAGUUCCAACUGGGGAACCUCCCCCUUCUUGUGGUAUUUCUAUUCAGCCCUGCCUCGUGCUUUGGGAUGCAGCAUUAUAUUUGUACCUUUAGGUGCAGCAGAAAAGAGAACACGGAUAUUACUUUUGCCAGCACUGGGCUUUAUUUUCUUGUAUUCAUUUCUCCCACACAAAGAGUUGCGUUUUAUCAUGUAUACUUUCCCUGUCUUCAACAUAGUGGCUGCUAAAGUAUGCUCACGAAUCCUGAAUAACUAUCGGAAGUCCUGGCUGUACAAACUUGGAUCUUUUUUUGUUAUAAUGCAUCUUGUAGUUAAUGCUGCCUAUUCAGGAACAUCAUUAUAUGUUUCACAUUUCAAUUAUCCUGGAGGAGUAGCAAUUCAGAAGCUGCAUGAGUUGGUACCUUCAACAGCAGAAGUCUCCGUUCAUAUUGAUGUGGCUGCAGCACAAACGGGAGUCUCUCGGUUUCUAGAAAUCAAUUCAGAUUGGAGGUAUGACAAAAGAGAAGAUGUUAAACCAGGAGACCAACUGAUGUUUUCUUACACACACAUACUGAUGGAAACAAACCCUCUUCAAAUAUCACAUUACAAGACAACCCACAGGCCACUGGCGAAUAUACCUGGCAUCAGUAAAAUUGGGUUGAACCUUACUGCACUACCUCCUUUCACUUUAAACUUAAAGCCAAAAUUAGUACUGUUGGAAAAACUUCCUCUAUCAUCCUGACUGUGAAUUUUAAGCCUUUUGAUGUAACUUUGCUGAUGACUGAAUAAUGUAUGACAAUAGAAAAUUGUCAUUCCAGCACUGCAAUUCGGCUUCUGUGAAAAGGUACAGGAAAAUCUUUGUACUUACUGAUAUUUAGCUCCGUCCUCUUUCUUACAUGAAUAGUACAAUGCAUUCCUAGUCCAUAUAUACUCAGAUACCAAAUUAGAUAUUAUUAGGUGUGUUUGAGAGAGGCUACCUCUAAGUUUAUUGCUAUUAAAUAAAACUUGUCUACUUGGUUUGGAUAGCUGUCUGUUUCAUAAUGCAGCACAGAUAUGUCCUAAUUGUCCUAUACGUUAUGGAACAGGAUUGUGCUAUGGCAAUAAUUUGAUAAGUAAUCUACGUGUGCAAAGAUGCAUUACUUGAUAUAUCUGCUGGGAUGUAACCCCCUUAGUUGUCAGAUUGCCUGUGUGAAACUUGAAUGAUGUUAUCAGCAUAGGAAAGCCAUAUUAAUUGUAGCUUCAUCACAAUACCUAAUUGUGCCCUGUGGGCUACCAAACUAAUUAAAAUGAAAGGUUCACCUAAAAAGUAGUUGAACCUCUUGGCAAGCACUGUCUUGUAACAGACUUGAGCAUUAAAGGAUGGUUGUAUUUAUUCUAAUAGUUCAUAAAUAAGCAGUACAACUUAGAUUUCACAGGAAACUUUUUUUAAAUAGUAUUUUCCCUCUGCUGCAGUAUCUUAAUUUGCAGUACAAAAGUUUACCUAUGAAAAUAUGUGAUCAAAUACACUUGAAGAUAAUAGGUGGUGUUUUGUUUUUUUUUAUUAAAUAGUCCUGGAAUUAAAAUGCUGUAACAUAGCAUGUUCUGUAAUCUCUUCUUUAUUAGAUGUCUUUGUUAAGGAUGUCUGCCUAGAUUGCAGAAUGGAAGAAGUGAAGGGGUAAACUAAGGAAGAAAACAUUUCAGUUAGGACCAGUUGUAAUAUGACAGGGCCUCCACUAGCGUAAAAAAUCAGUAUUUGUGAUAUAAGAAUGGGCAGAAAGCUAUUUGCUGACUGAGACCUCAAGAGUAAAAAGUUCUUAUUGAGUAACUUUUUUUUUUUCCCCACUCUUCAAGCAUAUUUCAUUCAGGAACUACAUUUACCUGCAUUAUGCUUCAGUUUUUAGGACCAUGUUUUCUUUUUAUCCUCUAGAUUAUGUAUCAAGGAACAGAUCUGGUGGGGUGGAGCCUGCUCCACUGUGGGUGGCUGUUGUGCAGGCUUCCUCACACUGAGAUCUGGCAAAGGCGUCCUGCAGAACUUGUUAGUCCAGUCCCUGGCUCCUCUUGAAAUUGAGAUCGUUGAAGUAUUAUCUAUUUGACUUGUCUUUGGAAGAAAACUCAGCUUCCUUCAGAGCCAAUUUGGACAUCAAAUAAUUCACAUGAUACAGAAGGAAGUAAAUGUGCAAAUAGCUGAACUUGGAACACUAUGAAGGAAAAGUUUUGAGUAAGGAUGUAAGUCCUUAUACGUUAAGCCUAAUCAUUUACUUUAUAUAACUCCCCCACAGCGUAAGCUGUAACUCGAGAACCUGAAGUGAAAUUUAUCAUGCCCAAUGUGCCGACAAAUAUCUGGCGGUGGUAGCAGUGUGUACUACUGCUUGCAGCCUUGGUGCUGCUGAAGGUAGAAGCUAUGAGCUCAAAUUGACCUGUUUAGUGUGUAUAUAUAAUUUAUCAGUUGGGGGGAGAGAAAGGAAAAUAAAAGUGCAUAUGUAAAGGCUGAAAAGAAAUACUGAAGUGCAGUUUUGGACAGUCUCUGAAGUUUAUUUAGGUCCUGUUACAUCUUGAGCUAUAUAUGUGGUUCUUGGAAAGUGCUUAGUUCUUCGAUCUGAAACCUGGCUGGGAUUGUAGAUCAUGACCCAUGCAGCACCGCAGCACCAGCGGCUAUAUAACUGAUGACAGUGACAGUACAUGUAACCCCCUACAACAUAGGCUGGGAGUGUUACUGUAGCCCACACCCUGAAUAAGAAAGGGGCACCUGCCAACCUGAAGCAAAGAUUACUGCAGUUUUUCCCCAAAGGCUACUUUCAAU